UCAAAAGUCGCUAAUUUGAACGUACAUAAAGAAGCUGAAGGUCUUGUGGAACGGUUAGCGAGUCAAUUCAUUUGAAAGACAUCCUGUUUCAAAUUAAACUUGUGAGAUGUUCAGUGAAAAUAGUCCAGAAUGGUACUCUUCUAUAGAUGAAAAACCUUUCUCAAACAGAUUUGAAUAUGAUGAUACUGAGGCCAAGAGAAAUCAGAUUCAGAAUUUUGAGAAGGAUAUCAACCAAAUGGAGAGCAUGAUAUCAUCAAUGGAAGCCAUGUCUAAGAAUAUACGAGCACACUUGUUUGAGAUGCAGCCAGCGUCUAGCGAGGGCCUUACUACAAGACUGAAGCCGUACGACGGAGCAGGUUCUCAUCCUUCAGGUGUGAUCUUACCGGACUUCAAUGAUGCCGACAACACUUUCUCAGAAGUUUCCUGCAUGAGUUCCUCCGAAGAUGCUAUCUAUAAUGAUUACAAUGUGCUGCAAACAGAACCCUGGAAAGAAGUAAAACGUCGACCACUUCCCCCACCACGUGUUGAGUCAACAAUUCAGCCAGAUCCAAAUAAAGAACCUUACCAGACCCAUGUCCUAUAUAAAAGUCAAGUUGAAAUUUACCAAGAGGAGCCUAGUACAGACACUACAUUGCUUGCUGUAUCAGAUGAUGGUCUCCAACAGACCCACCAUCAAGAAGAAAUGGCCAUCCACAGCACAAAUAAUAAUCUACCUUCAUCAGUAGUACACCAACAAACUAUCAAACUGGAAGAUCUCGUCAGCCAAGCUGCCAAGUUACUGGAAGAUGGUGCUACAAAACCCAACAUUGACACUGAUGCAUUGGUUGAUUCUAUAAUGUCAGAAAUAAAGCAUUCUUUCAAUGAGAACACGGAGAAGACUGUUGAUGGAAUCGGUGUCCAUGAAACAACAGAUGAAAACAGACAGGAAACUGAUGAGAAUGUAAAAGAACGUGUAAAUGCCAGACAACGGGAUGCUGGACAAAGAAGAGCAAAAAAGAUUAUUGAUGGAACAAAGAGACAACAGAAUGCUAGCAGAAAAAAGAGUCGCUUAUUUGUGAGUGGAAAUAAGGAAGAAGAUGAUGAGGAGGAGGAGGAGGAUGAAGAGGAGGAGGAGGAAGGAGAUGAGGAGGGAGAUGUGGAAGAAGUAGAGGAACAAUAUUUAGAGCAGGGUACUGCUAGAGCGAGAAGAGGCCCGCAUGCCUCUUGGUAUAUGUCGAAGCAGAACGGAAAGGAAAGUGCAAUGAAGCCGUGUGGUUGGACUGUCCAAAGACAGCCGGGGUUGUUGUGGCCAAGUGAGAAGCCGUAUGAUGCGUAUGGUAAGAAGAAGCGGAAAAAAGAUGUAUCAGAGAAGGGCAGUGAACAGGAUGUGUUUAGGAGCAGCAGCAGGCAGCAGCAGAGAGCCAUCAAAAGAGAGCAACUUAAUAUUUUGGGGGGUGGGAAGCUGCAAGGUGAUGCCAGAAAGAAAAGCCAGCAGAAUGAUGUGUACCCUAAUACAGUAUGGCAGCAUAACAGUUCGGACAUGGACGCAACCGAUCAAAUAUUUAAUACCUUCAGUUUCCAGAGCCAUGACGACACUUUGCCUGUAGAUUGGGGAUAUUCAGACGACCCUGACGAAGAGAUUCUGUUUAGGAAAAGAGACCAGUUGUAUAACAAUGUUUACUCUCCAAACUCUUUUGUCAACAAACGUCUCUCACAUGGUAAGGAAAGAAACAAGGAGAAGAUUUUCGUAAGAGGUGGCAGCAAUGAAGUACGCAAACAGAACAGUGAGAUGAACCUGAGACGACACAUAAAGAGCCGAAGCACUAACGACAUCUCUAAAAUAUAUGACGGCAGCAACAAUUGUCAAUUUCCAGGGAUGUUGAUGAAAGGUGGUCAUACUUUGAACAGUCAGGUGUUUUCAGACUCUGAUGAAUACCAAGAGACAGACUGGUUAAAUGAGAAAGACAGGCGAAGAACUUUGUCCCUGACAAGACAUACGCCGAAGAACAAAUCACGAGGAGUACAUUUCAAUGACACAGUUUAUAUGAUUGAUGACAUGUAUGAUAAAAUUCCAUCGAGGCAUCAGAAGGACCACCACCAUUGCCACCAUAAUGACCACAGACAUGCCGAACCCUAUGAAUCUAUUUACACCAGCUCUUACACAAAUCCUUCUCACACUCGAUCAUUUUCAAAAGGUUUCUAUAACAACCCUCAACACUUUCAUACGGAUAACUAUGAAGCUGCAGAACCUCAUUAUGAUUACUCACCCUGGAUCAGAAAACCACCACAACCGGCGAAGCACUGGAGUUUUGUCUCCUUGAAUACGACCCCAGUGUCGAAAGUAGGACAGUCUCAAAAUGCAUAUGCCUCAAAGAAGGUUGGCAAUCCCAUUUUAAAGAAAACACCCCAGAAAGGUGCUGAAAGUUCAAAUUCAGGCAGUAAAGUUGUUGACAGAUCUUCUCCCUCUUUGUCAAAGAAGACAUCAGAGACAGGGCUUACCUUACAAUCAGGUUGUUCUCCAGACAGUGGAUAUCUAUCAGACACUCCAAAAAUGUUAGGUUGCACCAACAAAGCUCCUCCACCUAACACCAAUGUAAAGAAUAUGUCAGAGGCAAAGAAGGAUAUUAGUAAUAAUUCACCUAAAUUAAAGAUGGUCUGUUGUGUGAUGUCAAUGCCUGUCAAAGAGUCCAACAAGAAUGCAGUGAACAACAAAGAAGCCAUCUACAUCACUGGUUUCCAGAAUUCUGAUCUACAUUAUGAUGAAUUUCCCAGUCAAGAGAAGUUAGGAGUCCCUGUGAAAGCCAAUGAAGGAAAGAGAAUAGGCUGUCUUGUACGUGAAUUAUUGCAACAGGUAUCAGCAUGUGAAGUAAUGAACUCCAAACAAACUACACACAAAAGCAAUGCAGCUGCUUCCUCUGAUGCCGGCUCUGACUCUGGGCCUCCUGUGCUCUACUGCUACUUACCAUCAGAUGUUGUUCCAGUAUUAAACAAAGGGGAAUGUUCUACGAAUGGAAUCAAACAAAAUAAGAACACAAGCAGGAACACAGAGAAGUCAUCAGUAUCAAUAAAACCUCUAUGUGGCAAGGCCAGCCAGACUGACAAACAAGAUCUGAGUUAUAAUAAAAACAUCCAAAGAAAUGGGGGCCUGUCUUGGUGGAUUAACGGUCAGGACUUUUAUCUCAACGAUUCCAAUAAAACAGAAAGGAUAUACCGCAAUGUCCUUCCUCCACCACCGGCUGUCAGCAAAUCUAAACCAGUUUGUUUUAAUAAUAAUAAUAAGAAGGAUAACAGCUUGUUUGACCUGAAUCAAGUGCUGAAGGCAACUAGGAAGGGAAAGGUAUCACCAUUUCCCACUAAAAAGAAUGUACCAGCACCCCAACAACCAAAAAAGAAACCAUUUUUAUUAUAAAAUACAACUUUCAAAAAGAUGAAAAAGAGGUGAAACUGUGUGAGCAUUUGGCAUUCUUUGUGCAGGACCAGCUAUAGAAAUUACAUUUUUUUUUUUUAAAUACAAUUUCGGACAAAAACUGUAAGAGGUGAAUGAAAUGAUAAAUGAUGUACAGUUCUGAAGAUGAUAAUUUGAUAAUAAAAAUAAUAAAAAAGAAUGCUUUACAACUAUCAUCA